UCGAAUUCAACUAAUUCCAAACCAUGGCAUUAGCUCAUCCAACUCCCCUCCUUUUCCUCUCAUGUCUUCUAACUUGUGUUCUUUCUACCAUGCAAGCAAAAAACCCAGUAAAUUACAAACCCGAAGUUCCCGAAUUUAAUAUGAUGAACGUUAUAGAUUCUUGCUGGAGAUCAAACCCGAACUGGGCAUCGAAUCGUGAAGCAUUGGCUGAUUGCGCCGUGGGCUUCGGAAAAUCUGCAUUAGGAGGCAAGAACGGGAAAUUAUACGUGGUCGUUGAUUCAUCUGAUGAUGCUGUUGACCCGAAACCCGGUACACUACGAUACGGAGUGAUCCAGCCCGACCCGCUCUGGAUCAUUUUUGAGAAUGACAUGGUGAUCAAACUCGAAAAUGAACUUAUUGUGAACAGCUACAAGACUAUUGAUGGGAGGGGUGCGAGAGUUGAGAUCGCGGGCGGUCCUUGCAUUACUUUGGACGGUGUGAAUAAUGUGAUUAUUCACGGGAUUAGUAUUCAUGAUUGUAAGCCGGGGAAGCCCGGGCUGGUUCGAAGCACGACGGAGCAUCUGGGACAUAGGCUGGGGUGUGAUGGAGAUGGGAUUAGCAUCUUCGCGUCAGCGAAUGUUUGGGUUGAUCAUUGCUCGUUGGCUCGGUGUAGCGAUGGCCUUAUUGAUGUCACUCAUGGGUCUAGUUAUGUUACUUUGUCGAAUAACUACUUGACUGAGCAUGACAAAGUGAUGCUGCUUGGGCACAGAGAUGACUUCACAGCAGAUAAAGACAUGAAAGUCACUGUUGCGUUUAACCGUUUUGGCCCUGAUCUGGUUCAAAGAAUGCCACGGGUGAGAAAUGGCUACGCUCAUGUUGCGAACAAUCGGUACGACCAAUGGAUAAUGUACGCGAUAGGAGGGAGUGCUAAUCCAACUAUUUUAAGUGAAGGCAACUACUUUUUAGCUCCAAGCGAUCCUACCAACAAAGAGGUUACGAAGAGAGAGACCCAAGAGGGUCCGGAUUACUGGAAGAACUGGAAAUGGAGAUCGUCUAAGGAUGUGUUCAUGAAUGGUGCCUAUUUUAGUCCAUCAGGAUGGGGAAGCUGUGCACCAGCUUAUAGCAGACCCCAGUCAUUUACUGUAGCUCCAGGAACUAUGGUUCCUCUUUUAACUGCUGAUGCUGGCGUUCUAGAUUGCUCCACUAGUAAAGCCUGCAAAUAGUUAAUCACGAAUCUAAUACCUAAACUUGCCCUAAAUUUUCGGUUCAAUGUAUCCAUGUAUUUUAGCCUACUUUCCCCUGAGGUUUUUUUUGUUGUUGUAAUAUAUGUUUUAGAUUGUUGCCGAAGACUAAACUGAUCAGAGUAUCAGACAAAGAUGUA